AAAUAAAUGCAGGUGUGUCGUAAUUUGGAGGGUGACGAUUUGAAAGGCGAGGUUGUCGCAAACCCAGACCCAAUCUCUCUUGCGAAGGAAGACGAUGGGUCCGAUGCUACAAACCAUUCUCACUGUGCUUCUUCUCCUUAUGCUUCUUCUCAUCGUCAUUUUUCUUUUCUUUCUCUUCAAACCAUGGCGCUUCUUUUUCUCUUCGCGUUUCCUCUCCUCCAUCAAGGGCGAGCUAGAGCGGCCCCUUUUUGGGGACGUAGGUGAUGCGUCGUCGUUUAAUCGGAGUAAUGAAUUGCCUCGAGAUCAUGAUCUCGAGGGUGCGUGUUAUCCCAGUGAAGCUCAUUUCCGCUCUCCUCGAACCCAUGGCCAAGUCCUUGUUCACAAGCAAAGGCUUCAAACCCUUAACAUGCCCCAGCCACAGGCUGCUGAUACUUUGGUUGUCGAUGUCAUCUCUGAUCAUUCCUCCUCCGAGGAUCUUGAUGUUGGUCAAACCCUUAAGCUUCCCUCAUCUCAUUUAGCUCAAAUUCAAAAGCAUGCCCUUCCCAAUUUUCAAAUUGAUAGACUUCAGGACUUUGUGCAAAGGGAUAUCUCUGAUCAAAGAAGUUGCCUCACUCUGGAGGUUAUCAGUGGCCCUUCUCAGGGACUUCGUUAUUCAGUACAGUCAACGAGCCCCUCUCGUCUUCCGCUGACCUUGGGAAGGGUUUCUCCGAGUGAUUUGUUGAUAAAGGAUUCAGAAGUGUCGGGAAAGCAUGCUAUGAUUAAGUGGAAUUUGGAUAAAAUGAAAUGGGAGUUGGUGGAUAUGGGUAGCCUCAACGGAACACUGUUGAAUUCUACGCCGAUCAACCAUCCAGACACUGGAAGUAGGAAUUGGGGGGAUCCAAUGAAUCUUACUAAUGGAGAUAUCAUAACACUUGGAACAACAUCAAAAGUAAUGGUUCAUAUUACAUCACAAACUCAGCAUCACAUUCCCUUUGGAGUUGGUAUGGCAUCAGAUCCGAUGGCUUUGCAUCGAGGAGGAAAAAGGUUUCCUAUGGAAGACGUUUACUAUUAUCAAUGGCCUCUACCUGGGCUGGAUCAGUUUGGAAUUUUUGGCAUUUGUGAUGGGCAUUGUGGAGAUGGGGCUGCCAAAUCUGCUAGCAAACUUUUUCCUGAGAUAAUUGCUAGUAUAUUAUCAGAUUCAUUAAAAAGGGAGAGGGUUUUAUCACACCGUGAUGCUUCAGAUAUUCUUCGAGAGGCAUUUUCUCAAACAGAAGCACACAUGAACAACUAUUAUGAGGGAUGUACAGCAACAGUGCUUCUGGUGUGGACUGAUGGUGGUGAAAAUUUCUUUGCACAAUGUGCUAACGUUGGAGAUUCCACCUGUAUUAUGAGUGUGAAUGGGAAACAAAUCAAGAUGUCAGAAGAUCACAAGUUUACGAAUUAUUCUGAAAGACUCAGAAUCGAAGAGACAGGUGAACCAUUAAAAGAUGGGGAAACACGUCUAUAUGGUAUAAAUCUGGCAAGAAUGCUUGGGGACAAAUUCCUGAAACAGCAGGAUUCCCGGUUCAGUUCAGAACCUUAUAUUAGUCAAGUUGUGCAUAUUGAUCAAGCAAGCAAGGCUUUUGCUAUUCUAGCUAGUGAUGGGUUAUGGAAUGUCAUCAGCGUGAAGAAGGCAAUUCAGCUCGUGUUGCAGGUUUUGUAUAAAAGAGCUUGUGUUUUUAGAAUGAGGGAGAGAUGCUAUUCAGAGAGGCAGAAUACAGCAGAAAAGAUUGCUAGUUUGUUGUUGAAUGAGGCUAAAACACUCAGAACAAAGGAUAAUACUUCUGUAAUUUUCUUAGACUUUGAUACCUUCAACAGAUUCUCUUGUAAAGUUGAAUCCUAGUAUGAAUUAGGAAUAGCGUUACAGAAGUAUUAAUAUAUUUUUGUUCCCUCGCACUCUA